AUGGAAACUGCUUCAAGCCAGGGGGGUACAGCCGCAGCCCUAGCUCCAGUACCAGUGUCUGGGGAUGUCAUGCUGGGGGGUAGGGGUGGGGGGUGGGGAGGGAACCGGGUUUCUGUGGAGAGGCGGGGGCGGGUCACACCACACAGGAUCUGGGCUCCCGGCCCGGGACACUCCGUCCCCUCCUCCCAGUCGCUCCCCGCGCGCAGCCAAUGGCAGGCGGCGGUGGCGGGAGGUGUGUGCCAGUGCCUCAUUUCCGGUACCUGUCAGCCAGCCUCCCCCGACCCCGCGCGAGACGGGCUGGGGCUGGUCGGCUCGCGCGCGCCGGGAGCGGGGACGGUUGAGAGCGCGAGCCGCACUUCGCCUCCCCUAGAACUCUGCCGCCGGCUCCUUCGCCUCCUUGCCGCCCGGGACGUCCGAGGGGCCGCCGGCGCCGUGGCGGGGCAGCGGCGCUCACGAAAAAACACCAGCAGCCCAGGAUUUAUGAAGAGCUCUACGGUAACCAGUGAGCACAUGAAAUGGAAGGGGAACAGAUUAUGGCAACUGAUUUCCGUUUCAAUCUUCCAAGCAGUUGCUAUAAACAACACCUUCUUGCUGAGAAACACUACAGGAUGGAAUUCUUGAUCCGGUGCUUCCUGCAUUAAAACUGCUCCCACACCACA